GUUGGAGUGGGUGGGGCUGUACUGAUGACAUCACAGCCCAGUCGUACGGUCGUCAGCUGACAGCAGUUCUACUGCUCACGCUCAGUAACCUCCUCUUCAUCCCGCCAAUCGUCAUCGCUGUCCGACGCUGUUACAUCACUGAGGCCUCUGUCUACCUAUUUACCAUGUUCUUCUCUACUUUCUACCAUGCAUGUGACCAGCCAGGUUUAACAGUGAUGUGUAUCAUGGAUUACGACACUCUCCAGUACUGUGACUUCCUGGGUUCAGUCUGUUCUAUCUGGGUCACUGUUCUCUGCAUGGCCCGAGUCAGAGACACAUUCAAACACAUGUUGUUCAUGCUCGGUACUCUGCUGAUAGCGAUGUCCAUGCAGCUGGACCGGAGAGGACUGUGGAACAUGCUGGGACCCAUCCUCUGUGCUGUACUGGCCAUGGUGACCUCCUGGGUGUAUCGAGGGCUGAAGAGGAAACAGUGCUACCCCCCCUCUUGGCGGCGUUGGGUACUGUUUCUCCUCCCAGGCCUGGCCUCAGCGCUGGUCGGUGUGUGUGUGUACGUGUUUGCUGAGACGGAGGACAACUACCUGUACACACACUCUCUAUGGCACGUCCUGGUUGCCUCUAGUGUGGUGUUCCUUCUGCCUCCCAGAGAGACAGACUCCAUGAACACCUGGAGCCCUGGAGUCUGUGGUUACACACUCUGUCACAGCACCAAGGAGGAACUAUAUACUGUCACUUGACCUCUGACCCUGGACCUGUGGAGACCAACACUGUCACAUAGGUUUAAGGCUGUGACCAUACCAGUAUUGACAGAUUUGUUUUCCAUGGCAAAAAUGAAUAUCUGAAACAGACAACUCUUUUGUCCUUUAAUAACCUGCUGGAUGUAAAAUCUAGUGUUUUAUAGCCUGGAAAAACAUUAAUGAAACAUAAUGAUGUUUAAUAACCCGCUGGAUGUAAAAUCUAGUGUUUUAUAGCCUGGAAAAACAUUAAUGAAAACAUAAUGAUGUUUAAUAAAUGCUGGAUGUAAAAAUCUAGUGUUUUAUAGCCUGGAAAAAAUGAAUGAAAACAUAAUGAUGUUUAAUACCCCGCUGGAUGUAAAAUCUAGUGUUUUAUAGCCUGGAAAAACAUUAAUGAAAACAUAAUGAUGUUUAAUAACCCGCUGGAUGUAAAAUCUAGUGUUUUAUAGCCUGGAAAACAUUGAUAAAAACAUAAUGAUGUUUAAUAACCCGCUGGAUGUAAAAUCUAGUGUUUUAUAGCCUGGAAGAACAUUAAUGAAAACAUAAUGAUGUUUAAUAACGAGCUGGAUGUAAAAUCUAGUGUUUUAUAGCCUGGAAAAACAUGAAUGAAAACAUAAUGAUGUUUAAUAACCCGCUGAAUGUAAAAUCUAGUGUUUUAUAGCCUGGAAAAACAUUAAUAAAAACAUAAUGAUGUUUAAUAACCCGCUGGAUGUAAAAUCUAGUGUUUUAUAGCCUGAAAAACAUUAAUGAAAACAUAAUGAUGUUUAAUAACCCGCUGGAUGUAAAAUCUAGUGUUUUAUAGCCUGGGAAAACAUUAAUGAAAACAUAAUGAUGUUUAAUAACCCGCUGGAUGUAAAAUCUAGUGUUUUAUAGCCUGGGAAAACAUUAAUGAAAACAUAAUGAUGUUUAAUAACCCGCUGGAUGUAAAAUCUAGUGUUUUAUAGUCUGGAAAAAUAUUAAUGAAAACAUAAUGAUGUUUCCAAUAUUAGUGCUGUUUUCCUAAAGAAGUUACAUCCUCUUGGUGUUUCCUUGAUACUAUGAAGUAAUACUGGUGUGGUCCCAGCUCUGCUCGCUGUGUGUGUGUGUAUAUAAUCCUGGUGUGGUCCCAGUAUGUAUAUAUAUAUAUGACAUAUAUUUCUGGUUAAGGAUAUGAAUGUUUUCAUAAUAAUAUAUUUAUAUGACAUCACUGCCUGCUAAUCCAUCAUGUCUUGCCCCUCCCUCUUCCUCCUUUCCUCCUCGUCCUCCUCUAGUUUAGAUUCACUACUAGAUAGAGGAGGACUGCUAGUAAAAUCAGGGGUGAGUGUAAUUAACUUGCAGAAACAGAAGUGUUUCGGGCCUCCAGAACCAGAACUGAACAGCCCUGAGUAAAGAAUAGUGCCAGAUUCUAGCAAUUAAGAUGUUUUUUCUCAUUGAUACAAUUUAUUUCUCUGUGUGUAGUUUUGAGGAGGUUAAAAGUUGUUUCACGAGUCAAUGCUAACUAGCAUUAGCAGAAUGAGUGGAAGUCUACCAGCACAGCUACAACCUGUAGACUGACGUUAUCUGUCUCGAUUCAAACACUGUAAUGGUAUAUUUACUCAAAGGAACCCUUUCCCUUGAGCAAGGCAGUUUACCCCCAACAACAACUGCUCCCUGGGUGCCGAUGUUGUGGACGUUGAUUAAGGCAGCCACCCCCCCGCACCUCUGAUUCAAAUGGGUUAAAUGCAUUCACCCCCACCCCGCACCUCUGAUUCAAAUGGGUUAAAUGCAUUCAGCCCCCCCCGCACCUCUGAUUCAAAUGGGUUAAAUGCAUUCAGCUCCCCCCGCACCUCUGAUUCAAAUGGGUUAAAUGCAUUCAGCCCCCCCCCGCACCUCUGAUUCAAAUGGGUUAAAUGCAUUCAGCUGUACAACUGACUAGGGUUCCCUUUCCCACACCUCAAUGGGCCCUGUUCCAAUUCUAUAUCCUCCCUCCAUUCCUUACUCCCUUCCUUCUCCUUAAAGCACUUUAAUGACUAAUGACUAAGUGUAAUAAUGUAAUUUUAAUGACAUCUAAAUGUAAUUUGUGUAGAGGUCUUUCUCUGAAUGUGUAUUUUGAAACAAAUCAGAUGGUGUAUCCAGUGCCUCUCCACUCUCUGUUCUGCAAGACCAGUUCCACCAUUCUUCUUAUCCUCUGGUCAUACUGCUUUUAUUUCACAAUGAUAUUGAGUUAGAAUGAAGCAUUUUAAUGUUCUGGUGUUGGGUUAAUAAUAAUGUUUUUAUGUUCUGAAAGAGUUUUUGAUCCCUCAUGAUCACAUGUUAUGUUAAUGAGAUGUUAAUGUAAUGUUUCUGAUAUGGUAAAUAUAGGUACAUUUUCAUGGGA